AUGUAUUCUUAUAGAAAUCCUCAGAUUCCCUAAUAAAACAGACCAAGUAGUGGAAGUGUUAAUACAAAAUCAUAGAUUUAUAAUACACAGUAUAUAAAUAAACCAGAAACAUAAUCGUUUUUACUGUAACCUAAUAACUCAAUAAAGACAUUCGAUUCUGUAGUAUAACAUACAAAUCAAUCUUCAUAACAUGAUCAUUAUAUAAAUGAUAUGGAAAGUAGUGAAAAAUUAAUAAAAGGUAUGAAAUUGUCAACAUUAACUUCAAAAUUUUCAACUUUAAAUCUGAAAUAUUCAAGUCCAUAAAAUACUUCAAAAUUAGAUACACCAUCAAGAGUUGAUUCAUUAUUGUAAGAAAUAUAUGACAUUAAAUUACAAAAUGAAAAAUCCAAAUAGUUUUAUUAAUCCUAAAUUAUCAAUCUAUAAAAUACAUAAGACUAAUUAAAAAUUGAAAAUAUCAGUUUAUCAAAUUCAAUAAAAGGAUUAACUUAAUAAAUAUAUGAUGCUAGAUAUAGUAUGCAUAGAAUAUAUCAAUAAACAGAUAUAGAUGAAUUAACUAAUUCAAUUUAAAUAGAUUAUAAUAAUCAUUCUAACAUCUAAUAGGCUUUCAAUUAGUUUUAAUCAGAAAUAUUUCAAUUCAUUUAUUACUAUUAAAGUUAAAUAAAUUAAUAAAUUCAAUAGAAAUAAUAAUAACUCAAUAAAAUCAUUAUUAAGUUGAAUUAAAUAAAAGAUAGUUAAUAGAAACAUAUUGAAAAAAUAAAAACUAAUAAAAUAAUGAAUUAGAAUUAGAAACUGGAAUAUCAAUUUAAUGAAUUAAAGAAAAAUCAUUAAUAUAUUAUCAAUAAUAUUGAAUAAGAAAAGUUAUUUGCUAUUUAAUAAGAAUAAUAACUUAAAUAACAAUUCUAAGUUAGGAUUUAAUAUUUGGAAUAAGAACUUAGCAAAUUAUUAGAUGAUAAUAAGAAUAAGGAAUUAAUUAUAUCUGAAUUAAAUGAUUUAAAUCAAUCGAAAGUGCUUCAAGUAAUUUAAUCAUGAUAUUUAGAUCUAAUAAAAAGAUGAAAUAUAGUAAUUAACAGAUAAAUUAUAAGAAAGUUACAACAAUUAAAUUAAUCUAAAUGAUUAAAUAGUAUUAUUAAAAUAAAAUUGUAAUAGUCUAUUAAAUGAUUUUGAAAAAUAUUAAAUUGAAUUAUCGACAUUAUAAAAAGAGAAAUAAUAUAUUCAAAUUUAAUUUGAGAAGUAAAAAAAUGAAAAUAUAGAUUUAAUUAAACAUUAAACAUAAAUAAAUGAAAAUUAAUAAAUCUAAAUUGACAAAUUGAAAUAAGAAUAUUAAAAUUAAAAUAAUAAAUUAUAAGAAUAAAUAAGAAUAAAAGAUUAAAAAUUAACUAAAAUAUAAGAAAAUUAUGAUACUUUAUAAAGGUAUAAAUAAGAACUUGAAAAUCAAUUAAAAUAAUCUAGAAAUGAAAAUAAUAAAUUCAAAGAUUAAAUAGAUUAAUUAUAAUAAUUUUAAAUAAAAAUUAAUAAAUAGAAUUCUACUAUAUAAAAUUUAAUUGAAUAAAAUUAAUCAUAAGAAAAUAUGAUUAACAAUUAUUUAACAGAAAAGAAAAUAUUGGAAUAAAAAAUAAUUGAAUUAUAAAGAAAAAAUUAAUAAAUUUAAUAAUAAUAAUAAUAACCUUAAGAAAGAGAUAGUUUGAAUUAAAAGAUUUAUAAACUAUAAAAAGAUAUUGAAAAUAAAUAAUUAGAAAUUAAAAUAUUAUAAACAGAUAAUUUUGAAUUAUAGAAAUAAAUUAAAUAAGAAUAAGUAAAUUAAUUAUAAAUUAAAAAUUUGAUUACAAACUUAUAAAAUGAUAGAUCCUAAUAUUAAUAAUAAAAAUCAUAGAUUGAAUAAUAAUUAAAUAAAUAAUAAAAGCAUAAUUAAGAAUUACUCAAAUAAAUGGAGGAAGUAAUAUAAAAUAAUUUAAAUUAAUAAGAGUAAUAAACUAAUGAAUGGUAAAAUCAAUAAAAGAUGCUUACUAAAAAAUAAGUUUAAUCUGAAUAACAUUUAGAAAAUGCAUUUAAUGAAAAUGAAAAGUUAAGAGUAAGAAUUUCAGAACUGGAAUUUAAAUUAGAAGAAGAAAUAGAUAAAAAUUAAUAGUUGGUAGAAGAGAUAAAAAAAUAUUCAAUAGAUUCAAAACAAAAAGAUGUUUAGAUAUCAGAAUGCAAAUCCCAUAUAUAAAAAUUAACUUUAUAAAUUAAUAAUAUUGAAAGAGAUAAAUAAGAAUAAAAAACUAAUCAUUUAAAUGACUCAUAAUAAAAUGCUUAUAUUUAAGAUAUAGAAUAAUUUUAAUUCAAAAUAAAAUAAUAUCAAAAUGAAUAAAAAGAAAAUGAAAAUUAAUAAAAAUAACUCAAUCUAAAAUUAUAAGAAGCAUUAAAAAAAAUAGAAUCAAUAUAAUUAUAAUUAUAAGAAGAAUAGAUUAAAUCACAUAAUCUAAUGAAAUAAUUAUAGACCAUCUCUGAAAAUAAGAGUUCUAUUUAACCAAAUUAAGAUAUAAUGGAUUUAUUAGAUGUUUAAAUAUCUUAAAGAGUUAAUUAAAUAGAAAAUAUAUUAUUACCUGAAACAAACUAAUCAGAUGAAUAAAUUUCUAUAUUAUCACAGUAGAUUUAAUUAAUGUAAUAAUAAUUAAAUGAAUAGUAAGAUAUACUAUAAAAAAAAGAUUUAUUAAUUAAUGAUAUAAUGCAAUAAAAAACAUAAAUAUAGAGUAGUCUUAAUUAAUCUAUUGAGUAAAAUAAACUGUUAGAAAAUUAAAUUAUUAGUUUGAAAAUAGAAUAGUAAAGUUUAGAUCAAUUAAAAAAUGAUAUUAAUCAUUAUUAAUAAAAGAUAUCUAAUCAAUAAAAGAUUAUAGAAAAUUUAUAAAAGUAAAUAGAGGAUUAUUAAACAGAAUUAUAAAAAUAAGGGAGUUAAGUAAAAAUAUUAGAAAUUAUUUAAUAAUCAAGUGAAGAAUAAGUAUAAUUUAAAGAAUUGAUAUCAUAAAAAGAUUAAGAAAUUUUAAAUUUGUAAGAAGAAUUAAAAAGUAUCCAUUAGUAAAUAGAAUAAAAAAUGAAUAAGUCUGUAAUUAGUAAUAGAUCUAAAAAUAGUUAAAAUCUUGUUAAAUUUGAAUAGUUUGCUGAUGUUGAUGAAAAUGAUAUUAAUGAAUAAUCAUAUGAUGAUGAAGAAAUAUUAAUAGAGAAAUUAUAAUUAUAAAAAAUACUUGAAGAAAAUGAUGAAAAAAUUAAACGGUUGGAAAUCUAAUUAUAAUAUGCUUAAGAAUAUACAAAAAUAAAGAUUAAUUAGGAAUUGGGAAAUUUAAAAACUUAAUUAAAUAAUCAAACAAAACUUAUUGAAGAUUUGAACAAUUUAAAUUAAAAAUAAUUAAAGGAAUUAGAAUAAAAAGACUUAUAAAUUCAAAACUUAAAAGAAUAAUUAAAUAGAUAUCAUUAAUAAAAAGAACAUAUUAAGAAUAAUUCUAUACAUAGUAACGGAUCUAAAAUAAAUCAAAAUUAAAUCAAUUUUGAUUAAUUAACUGAUAUUUAAACUGAAUAAGAAAAGAUGGAUAAUUUCGAUAUAUAAGGAUAAUUUUAAUUAGAAAAUAAUUAAAUAGUAUAAAAUAACAAUAAGUAUUUAUAUAUUUAUAAAAAAGAAUCCUAAAUGAAAUCGUAGAAAUGCAAUAGCCUAAGAAUGAGUAAAUAAAGGAAGUAUCUCAAAAUAAUAAUGAUUAUUUUAAUUGA